CGACACAAAAUGUGAUCAGAUCAAAGGAUGUAAAUACUGCUCUGGAUUUAUUUUCUUCCCCGUUUGUCAAGGGUUGCAAUAACUUCCAGAGGAGCUCCACUAACAUUGACAGAUUUCACAUUUAUAGAAUUAAAUCACCUCCAACCUCCAGAUCCCAAAGUAGGAGACCGACAUCUGAGGGUGUCAAAUGGAAAGCAGGUAAAACAUUAACUUUUGUUCUGCUGACAAGAUACUGCCACUGCUUCCUUAUUAGUGGAAACAGCGGAAAGCUCGGGACCAGAUGUCGCUCGCUAAUAGAGGAAAAGAGUUCGGCCGUUACCUUGGUAACCCAGAAAUCAGCACCCAUGCUCCUCUGACCAGUCAGACUGAAGACAUUGCCAUUCAGAGAGAUACAACAUCAGCCUGAACAGCUGUGAUAUUAAACAAGACUGCUUUUUUCAAAAUACCUUUUUUUUUUUUUUUUUUAAGAAGAAUGCAUUUUUCUAAAGUAACAGGACAUCUAUUUGGAGAACUUCACAAGAACUGCUUAACAUAGAAAUUCAAUCUUCCUCUUUUUUUGAAGUACUUUUAUGUUUUUUCUGAGCUUGAGCACCAGCAUUUUUGUCUUUUUCUGGUGCUGUGGUGGGGUUGGGGGUUGAUGGCGUGGUUUCAUCUGGCUCGGGUCAAAGUGAACUGGACAGCACUUUUAAUUUUGGCCCACUUCACAUACCUGCUGAUCGGGGCCAUCAUCUUCCAGGUUCUGGAAAGAGAAGCCGAGAGCAACAACAGAAACUAUUUCCAGCUGGAAAAACUACAUUUCCUGGCUAAUUACACCUGCUUGGAUGGUCCUGCCUUGGAGAAGUUUGUCCAGGUGAUUUUAUAUGCCUGGGAAAAGGGAGUGAACCCCUCAGGCAACUCAACCAACCCCAGUAACUGGGAUUUCAGCAGCUCCUUCUUUUUUGCUGGCACAGUCGUCACAACCAUUGGUUACGGAAACCUCUCCCCGAGCACUGUGUCCGGUCAGGUGUUUUGUGUGUUUUACGCACUCUGUGGUAUUCCUCUGAACCUGGCUUUCCUGAAACAAAUGGGCAAGUGUCUGACUAUUCAUCUGGGUCGACUAGAGACAGGGAUGGUGGCAGUUGUUCCUCACAAGAAAGCCGUGGAAGCCCUGGCAGUCAGUUUGUUCUUCAUCACCGGCAGCCUGCUGUUUCUUGUCAUCCCUCCUCUUCUGUUCAGUUAUGUGGAAGGCUGGACGUUUGGAGAGGCCUUCUACUUUGCCUUCAUUACCCUCAGCACCAUUGGUUUUGGAGAUUAUGUAGUGGGCACCGACCCAGGAAAGGAGUACAUUUCCUUGUACCGCUGCCUUGCGGGCAUUUGGAUCAUCUUCGCGCUUGCUUGGCUCGCGCUUAUCCUCAACAUGGGAGUGAGAAUCAUGGAGAACCUGGUUAUCCUGACUCACCCAGGUUUUAAGAAGCACGAAGAAGAGGAUGAGGACGUUUCCUCCAGUAAAUUAGAAGUCACAUCAAAGAUCUGACAAUGGACUUUAAAAUUCUUUCAAGUAAUAUUAUUCUGCAAGUUAAUAUUUUAUUUAAUUUUUUUUCUCUCUCUCUCUCUCUAAGAUUUCUCUUAAUACAAGACGAGGCAUCAGCAGAUUUAAUACAUACAUAUAUUGGUGAUAUAUUGUGUUCUACCUCAGUGUGAAAGCCUGCUUGAUCAGGAAUCAUGUUUUUUCCAUUCUAUGAUUGGUGUUUAUCUUCUCCUUGUUCUCUUCUGAUUCCCGCCCUUAUGAUUAGAUGUUCAAACAGGAAGCUCAUAUCUGGGCUGUUAUUUCAUGACACUAUGUCACAUUGUGUGUGUGUGUGUGUGUGCGUGUGUGGGCAUGUGUUUUGUGUGUGUUCAUUGAUGUAGGUCCACAUCUGUGUUUGUGUGCUGACGGGAGACUCUAGUGAAUUGAGCGCGGACGGCUAUCUUAAACCAACACAUUAAUCAAGAUGGUGAUGUGAGGUGGAAAAAAGGAGGAUGGCCCUCACCUGACACUACCAUAUGUUUUUUUUUUUUUUCAGAAGACAAAAUUAAAAACACUAAAUCUGACAUUUAUUCAAGAUGCCGUGCAAA